AUACAGCAGCAACCAAAAUUCCAGCUGCAAACGCGCGUAUCCGUUGGUUUAUAAAUUAUCGAAUACAACUAUAAUUCCGCUUUUUUCCCCCUUUUCACCAACUUUUUUUCGGCGAUUCAACUGUUCUUCGGCAGCAUCCCGGAUCCUGCCUUUCCUAACACUAACCUAAUAAAGAAACCUAAAGCAGAGCAGAUUUUGUUGUGGUUGAUGAAUCAAAUUAAUAGUCGUGAGAUCCCUUUUGGGUUUUGUGUUUAGAUUAGGGACUGAAUUAAUCAAUAUGAAGUUUGGAGAGACAUUUACAGAAUAUCUUAAUGGAGAUCAAGAAGGGUUCUUGGAUCAGUUUUCCCACGUUGAGUACAAGAGGCUCAAGAAAGUGCUUAAAAGUUGCAGGACCUGUCGAACCUUAAAGGGUUCUUCCGAACACCAGCAGCUGAAGCAGACGCAGCAACAGCAUCAUCAUAAUCGGGAUGGGGGUGCUGUUUCCUCUGAGUUUUGCCAAUGCGAAUCCUGUCCUUGUACGCAACAAUCUUUCCGCUUAUAAUUUCUUCAUGAUUUCGGUUUCUUUAACCGUUGAGAAAAGUUGGGAUCUUUAUUAAUUGCAACAAAAUAUUUUUGGAAUUGAUUGUUAAUUAUGGGCAUGCAAUGUGUUAAUUCGUGUAGUAUACGUGUUAAGAUCUGUAGCAAUUACAUGCUUUCUUGCUCACUGCCCUGCUCAGAGGGAGCAGAUGUGUUUAGUGUAUACUAAUUUUUUAAGGGAAUGGAAAUUGAUUAUGUGGAACUUGUAACCAUAGGAUAUAUUUCCCCAUUUAGGGCAAAUGCAAACUUGUGUCCAACCAAUCAUUGCCAUUCUACGUAUGGUAUACUAGUCUCUGUCGUUAGCCUGGUGUUGUAACGAAUAUACAUUUUUUACUUUAUAUACAAAUAAUUUCGCGUUUUGUCAAAGAUUUAGAUGCCCUGUAUCGUAAUGUGUGUGAUAUGGUUUUGCUUCUCUUUGGUUCGUGCUAUUCUCGGCCUCCUUGAAAAUGCAGAAAAUACUUUUUUCAUAUUUAACUUCUGAUUUUUGUUUCCUUGAAAAUCUUGUAGUGUGUGAUGAGAUGUUCUUUUCUGAGUUGAAGAAAGAAGUUUCUGAUAUAGCGGGUUGCUUCAGUUCCAGAGUGAGGCGCCUUCUCCAUCUUCAUAUGGCUCAUGGAAUGCAAAGAUACAUUGCACGGUUGCGCAAGUGUUUUAAGGAUGACCAGCAACUCUUGGUACAAGAGGGUCGGAUGCUAAUUGAAUACAUCACAAUGAAUGCUGUUGCCAUUCGAAAGAUCCUGAAGAAAUAUGACAAAAUACACAGUUCGGUGAAUGGCAUGAAAUUUAAAUCCAAGCUGAGGGAGGAACGCAUAGAGAUUCUGCAAUCACCAUGGUUAAUAGAACUAGGGGCCUUUUAUAUGAAUUUCAGGGAAUCAAAUGGUGGAGAGUCCAAUGAAUUCCAGAGUCCAUUCUCCUACGAUCUCAGAACUACAGAUGCCACAAUGACAUUGCUGCUUCCAGAUUUGGUCAAAUUAGAGUAUAACCUGACAUGUCCAAUAUGUUUGGAACUCGUUUUCAAUCCAUGUGCUUUAAGCUGUGGGCAUCUUUUCUGCAAAUCUUGCGUUUGCACUGCAGCUUCUGUGAUGAUUUUCGAGGGUCCCAAAGCUGCAAGUCCAGAAUCAAAAUGCCCAGUUUGCAGAGAGGUUGGGGUUUAUGCAAAUGCAGUACACAUGGGGGAACUAGAUUUGCUUCUGAAGAAAAGGUGCAAGGAAUAUUGGAAGGAGAGACUGACUGCCGAACGGGCUGAGAUGGUGAAGCAGUCUAAACAAUACUGGGAUAUGCAGACCAAAUAUGUGAUCGGAUAUUGAUUGCUCGAGUUAAAUAGCCUAGCUACUUGGUUUUUGUGGUGAAGAUGGUUCACUACAUAUAAGAUCCUCUGACCCAAAUUUGUGUGCCCCUGCUAAUCGACCGUGGUUUAGAGAUAUAGAAAUAAACUAUAUCAUCUCAAUGGCACUUGCUAUAUGAUAUGCACUUACUAGUGCCAUUGCAACUUGCAAGUGGUAUUAAGAUGAUUUGGAUGCUGGCUUCAAUAAGGAAUGAAAGAAGUUGUGGAAUAAAGGGGUAGUGUGACAUGGGCAUGCUGACCUUUGUCGCGUUGAUAGGAAGAAGAUUCGGUCCUUGUACUCCUUGUAUUUGUGCGCCAGAGGUAUUCACGAGUUGAACCACAUGACAUAUAACAAAAAUGUCAUCAAUCUUUUUCUUUUUUUUCGAAAACGAAUGUCAUCAAUCUAGCUUUUCACUAAAAGUUGUACUCCGUGUAUGUUUAUAUUUUGAAUAAAUUAAGGAAAAAAAAUAAAGUUUGCACUUCACCGUAA